AUAGCAAUAUGGAUGAUGGGACUUCUCAGUAUUAUUUCACUGCCUCCAUGGACUCUGGUAAAGCAUUGUAUGGCUUAUUAAAGGCGAUACAAUUUCAAGAGUGUGCAGUGUUUUGUGCCAUGUCAGAGGGACUUAAGUUGACAGUAGAAGAGGGCAAAUGUGUGCAAGCGUCUGCUUAUGUGCCUGCGGACAAUUUUACUGAAUAUCACGUCAGAGAGGAUGUUGAUGUAAUGUUUAAAAUAAGCAUAGCAGUACUAACAGAAUGCCUUAACAUAUUUGGUGCUAGUGAAGAGUCCAGUUUAAAAAUGUAUUACAGGAGUGAGGGCUCGCCAUUGUUACUUGUUUUACAGCCCCAAUCUGUCCACAAUGUAAUGACAGAUUGUGAGAUCUCCACACAAACAGCAGACUCUGUGCUUGAGCUUAGAGACGAGGACGCGUCCGAAGUAGCUAAGUUAGUUCUGAAGGCGUCCGCUUUCCUCGGCCUGCUGGUGGACUUGGAGAGGUCUUGUGACGUCAUGGAGCUGAAUCUCUCCCCGGAUCACCCCAACGUUAGCAUAGUUACGUAUGGAAUGCAGGACAGAUCCUGCAUUGAAGUGCCGAAGUCCUCGGACAUGAUGCAAAGUUUCAGUUGCGAGCAGGCGGUCUCCCUCAAGUACCAAUUGCCGCACAUCAGACUUAUUAUGAAGGCACUGGCUAUAUCAUCUAAGGUGGUGUUAAGAUGCAGUUCAAAUGGACUGUUACUACUCCAAUUGAAACUAGAAAAGGACGAUCAACGACAAAUGUUUUCAGAGUUCCAUAUUGUUCCUUUACUCGAUGAUUAUUAAAGUUAAAUUCUUAUGUAAUGAGACUUUUAAUAAGUCUAUUUGGUUUGAAUACACUCAGGAUGUAAUAUCAGCUAAAUAUAUAGUGAGUUAACUCAGCCACCCGAUACGGCGUUAGGUUGGCUUGGCGUUGCUUGCGCGCCGGCACUUUUAAUGAGUAUACAAAGAGGUUGACCAGUUUAUACUUAUAUCACGUGUACAGAUAUAUAACGUGUGUGAUCACGUGUAGGAUAAGAUUUGUACACUUGGCAGAGUAGUUGUUGAACAGUAUCCGAAACACUGACGUCAAGGUUAAUUCCUUCCUCUCUUUUCUUUGUUCAAGUCUAUUACUUUGAAGUUAAAAUACGUGUACAGUUCUACCGACAUCACUUUUGGCCGAGCAUUUAUAAACUAUAAAUAUAGAAGGAAAUAAAUAGUUUGUGUUUCUUAAAUGAAUAAAAUAGUUAUAAGGUCACAUUUAUUUUGACGUUA